GCCUCAUCGAAUCUAGUCUAAAAACAAAACAUCAUCAUUCAUGGAGGCAUGCUGGCUCAUCAUCCUCGUCACGGUGUUUCUCUUCCUUUCCUUAAAACCCAUUCUCACUCUUCUUUUUCCCUCUCUCAACAAAUCUCAUCGUCUUCCUCCAGGUCCUCUUCCCAUCGUCGGAACUCUCCUAUUUCUUCGUGUAUCGUUCAAUAAACUCGAGCCUCUUCUCCUUCGUCUUCACGCCAAAUACGGUCCCAUCAUUACCUUCCCCAUCGGCUUCUUUCCGGCCAUCUUCAUCGCCGACAGAUCCCUCGCCUACCAAGCCCUUGUUCAAAACGGCGCCGUCUUCAGCGACCGUCCCGAUGCCCUGGCUACCAGUAAGAUCAUCAACAGUCACCAGCAUAACAUCAGCUCCUCCGGCUACGGCCCCACGUGGCGAGCCCUCCGCCGUAACCUCACCUCCGAGAUCCUCCACCCGGCUCGCAUCAAAUCCUUCUACGGCACACGUAGGUGGGUGGCGGAUAUGCUGGUUCACAAGCUCAGGGCUCACUGUCAGUCCUCCAAUCGCAUUAAACUCAUGGACCAUAUUCUGCAUGCCAUCUUCAGCUUGCUAGCUUUCAUGUGUUUCGGUGAGAAGCUAUCCGACAAGCAGAUCGACCGGAUCGAACAUGUCCAGCGUACUAUACUUUUGAGGUACAACAGAUUCCUCAUGCUGAAUUUCUGGCCGAGAAUUUCAAAGAUACUGCUGCGGAAACGAUGGGAUGAAUUCAUGCAGCUGAGGAAGAACCAGGCUGACGUGAUGGUUCCGCUGAUAAGAGCAAGGAAGCAAGUCAAGCAAGAGAGCUUGAACAAAGCCAAAGAGGAUAAAGGUGAAGUCAUAGUGUCAUACGUUGAUACUUUGCUGGAUUUAGAGUGGCCUGACGAGAAACGAAGGCUUGAUGAGGACGAAAUCGUCAACUUGAUCUCCGAGUUUCUUAACGCCGGAACAGACACGACAGCCACAUCACUAGAAUGGGUAAUGGCGAACUUGGUGAAGUACCCACACAUCCAACAACGCCUUUACGAGGAAAUCAAAUCCGUGAUGGGAGAUUCAAAGGAGAAGCUUGUGAACGAAGCAUAUUUGAACAAGCUUCCAUAUCUCAAGGCUGUGAUUCUGGAAGGCUUGAGGCGUCAUCCUCCUGGCCGUGUUGUGAUUCCACACUCAGUGACAAAGGACGUGGUUCUGAAUGAUUACUUGGUUCCUAAGAACGGGACUGUGAAUUUCAUGGUGGCGAAAAUGGGUUGGGAUCCGAAGGUGUGGGAGGAUCCGAUGGAGUUCAAGCCAGAAAGAUUCCUGAACAGCGAGAAAAAUGAAGUGGAAGCGUUUGAUUUUACAGGAACCAAAGAGAUAAAGAUGAUGCCGUUUGGAGCAGGAAGAAGGAUGUGCCCGGGCAAUAACUUGGCGAUUCUUCAUAUGGAAUACUUUGUGGCGAACUUGAUUUGGAAUUUCGAGUGGAAAUCCCCAGAUGGAGAUGUUGAUCUGUCAGAGAAACAGGAAUUCACUAUGAUGAUGAAGACUCCACUGCAGGUCUCUCUAUCCCCAAGAUUUUAGACUGGGCAGGCAUUCUGCAGAUCACUGAUGAGUAAGUUUCUUUAUCCGUCGACCGAGGGGAAAAAAUGGUGAUAUAUAUUAUUCCAAAUUCAUUAGAAGAAAAGGAGCUUUUAGUUUGAUCUGCCGAAAAUCUGUAGGGCAUGGCCUGCAUGCAUUUAGAUUUUUAGACCAACGAAAGUAAUUACGUGCACUUAAGAGUACAAAUUCUUCAACAUGUAAAAAAAAUUCAUGGCAUGCUAGAGUUAUAGCCCACUCUGGCUACAUCUCUCAAUUUCAGCAUUGUUUGCGGCCUCCUUGUUCAUGUUAAGUUUGUGGUGUGGAAUAAAGAAGUCAUGUUUCAUGUUUGCUA